AUGGGUCACUAUAGGUCGCCAUGGGUCCCUAUGGGUCGCUGUCACGGGCGGCUCGCGCUGGGGGGGCGGGGCUGCUCGCGGGGCGUGGGCGGGGCCUCGUCGCGGGCCCUCCCCCUGGGCGGCCUGGCCCUCUUCGUGCAGCGGCGGCAGUGCGAGGAGGGGAGGGGCUGCAACCGGGAGCUGCCCCUCGGCACCGACAGCGCCCUGCCCCUGCCCGCAGACAAUGGCAGCUCCCAGGCCCCCAAUGGGCUGCGCUGCUUCGGCUGCCCCCAGGAGGGGCCCUGCCAGCCGACCACCAUCGUCUCCUGCUACGGAGACCUCCGCGGCUGCUUCCACGGCAACCUCAGCCUCAGCCUGGGCGGCGCCACGGUGUGGCGGGAGGUGCGGGGCUGCACGCGGGACCCCACGUGCCGGGGGGAGCGGCGCGGGGACGAGGUGGUGACGCUGAUUGGCUCCUGCUGCGGGGAGGACCUCUGCAACCGCCACCUGCUCGGCCCCGCCUUCUUCGACCCUGAUUGGCCGCGCCUGGAGCUCCUCCCCCACGGCCACGCCCCGCACAACGCCUCCAAGGCGGCCGGGGCCCCGCCCCCACCCCGCCGGGGGGAUCGGGCGGGAUCGGGCGGGGUCAACGCCACAUCCAAGAUGGCCGCCGGCACCGCCCGCGCGCCCGGCGGCGCGGAGGUCACACCCAAGAUGGCCGCCGGCGCCACCCCCACCCCUCCGGGAGACCUCAAGGGAGUCGGCGCCACACCCAAGAUGGCCGCCGAGAGGGGCAAGGCGGACGUCCCGGCGGCCGGGGGCGGCGGGUGA